AUGGUUGAUAAAAUCAGGAGCAUGACUCAAUCUUUGACAAAUUUUAGUCCGAACAGAAACACCGAAAAAGAUAAAUAAUUAGAAUUUGAAGAUAUUAAAAUGAAUAUUACUUUGGGCCUUUAAUGCUUACCUUAAUUUGGAAUAUACGGAUAUGAAUAUCAGUGGCUUUAUAUCACAGCAGCAUUUAGAAGAGAAUUUGCAAGUAGUUUGGAUUUCAGUACGAUAAAGGAGUAGUUGCCGAGCAAUGUGAAGAGUAUCUUACAAGAUGGAGUGGAAAACAACAAUAUUUAGAGACCGUCUUAAGUUCAUUACUACAUCAUGAAUCUUAAUGCAAGAGCACUCAAACAGCAGAUGUUGAUUGAUCGUAAUUAGUAAAAAAUCAGACUCAAUUUUGCUCCACAUGCCUACAUAUGGCAGAAUGCUCGUUAAGGCUAGGAAACAAAGAUUAAUGCUCUUACUGCUAUAUUCACCUCAUAUAAAGGCAAAAUGAUUCACUCAACUUUCAGAGGCAUUGAUGAGUGUAAAGAUUUCGGUAGAAUAUCUAUUAACCCUAGUACGUUCUUCAAAUCAGGGAAUUCAUAGGAAGUGCAUAUACAUCCUUCAGAUGAUGAUAAUAUGGCAAUAAGUCCAAACAACGGUACCUUCUUACUAAAUCUUGGCUUCCCUGUAGUAAACUUCCAUGUAGUUCUGUAUACUCUGAAUGACUAACAGCUAUCAAUAUUUAAAGCUGAAAUAGAAAAAAAUGAGAAGCGCAAGAUGAUUCCUGGUCUCUACGUUAAAGUAUUAGAAAAAUCUAUUAUACCAAUUUAAAAUUCUAUUGAGAACACUUUCUCCUAUUACUUGCAAGCUUAUGAAAGUUCAGAAGAAAAAGAGAAUCAUUUGAAGCGUUUAUUUGCAGAAAUAUUUUGUGAAAAGAAAAUAGAAGAUUCAGAGUUAUCCCCUGAAAUUGGCUUGGUUGCUGAGGACUAUUUAGAGUUAUUCUACAAGUACAUCUGGUGGAAAAUGAAGUCGCCUGAAAUAGAGAAGUUUGGUUAAAAAUUCUUUUUCCAGUUGUGCAGCAUUAGCGCUCAAUUGAAUCUCUUAGUUAAAUAUAUGGAGGUGUUAAAGCAUCUGACAGAUGAGAUUUAUCUUUAGCAUUUAGGAGUGCUUUAAAAGUUCAUUCCAGUAGAUAUGAAUAUAGAUAUGAUUGAGCUUGAAGAGCAAAAAAUUUAAUUUUAAGAUUAAGUGAUGAAUGCAGAUGAAGAAGAGAAGGAACUAAUGGUGAUAUAGAAACCAUAGUUACUAAUAAACUGCUAAGACGAGGUCGAGGAUACUCCAAAAGAUAAUUUCUUCAUCAAGAAUUUGCCAAAGAACACUGAAAUGCCCGAAUCUGCUGCAUUCUAAUCUCAUCUGGAAGCCUUAUUCAGCGGAGAUCGUCAGCUCAUUAAAAACUCUUUCAAUAAGUUGAGCAAGAUACUUCAGGACUAUAUUUGCUUUGAAACAUGGCAGUCAAAGGGUUCGAUUCACGGCAUUCAUAAUGACUUUGGAAGACACUCUUAUUUGCAAUCCCCAGAUAUUGGAGAGUACUAUCAUCUUAAUGAUGAAGAAAGAAUAAACUUUAUACUAUAGCUUCAAGAUCAAUUGUCUAAUUUAUGA